AUGAAUAGAGCUAAGGAGGCUAAUGCUAAAGCCUUUGUUGAUGAUUCAACAAAAUAUUCUGAGGUAUUUGAUAUCAUUGAUAAGAGGUGGCAAGAUCAGCUUCAUCAGCCUUUGCAUAUUGCAGGAUAUUACCUUAAUCUUGCAUUUUCUUAUGACCAUCCAAACAUCCAAGGGGAUAACAAAGUUAUGAAAUGUCUUUAUCAAGUCAUUGAGAAGAUAGUGCCCACACAAGACCAAGAUAAGAUUGAUAGGCAGUUGGAUAUUUAUAGGCAUGCUGGGGGUCUUUUUGGUAUAAUGAUAGCUAAGAGAAACAGAAAGAAGAAGUCUCUAGUACCAGAGUUACAGAAGCUUGCUAUUAGAGUCCUCAGCCUUACUUGUAGCUCCUUUGACUACAAAAGAAAUUGGAGUACUUUUGAGCAAAUACACACCAAGAAGAGGAAUAGAUUGGAUCAUAAGAGGUUGCAAGAUCUUUACUGCAAGUACAACCAAGCAUUGAAGAAGAGAUUUGACUGUAGAGAUUCUAUUGAUCCAAUUAAGUUGGCUGAUAUAGAUGAAAGCAAUGAGUGGUUGUUAGGGCAGUUCGGUGAAGGUGAAAAUGCAGAGAAUGACUUGGUGAAGGGCUAG